CACGACAUCAGAUGCGGCUUCGUGACCUGAAGAGCUUCUUCGGCAUCAGGACCAUUGCUGAUAUUGCCUUGAGAGCUGUGGUACGGGCAGAGACACAACUUCACCUCCGACACUCCACCAAAGCCCUGUGUAGAGCUUCUGAUACCCAAAAAUUUCUGGAAAUUGAAAUAUAAGUUCCCCUGGAUUUGAUGAUAGUGUUGCUGCCCUAUAUAGGGAGUGGCGGUACUGACUGAUACACAACAGCACUCUGCCAAAGAUUUAUUGAGAACUUGUGACACACACUACAAUGUCUAAAAAACGACAGUCAAGUCGUCACGGAAAUGACGAAAGUGACUCUGAUACACCCGAUACCACAGAUUUCAACCAUGGAAAUGAAGAUGAUGAAUCUGGCACACUUUAUACCAUAAAUCUGGGGAAAAUUAAAAAACGUAGUGUAAAUCUAAAUAUUAGAAGUGAUAUAAAUAGGAAUUUAACACAAGCCGAAACUUGGAGAAUCAAAAAAGAAACUACCAAAAGGCCAAGUGUGCAACUUGCAUCAGCUCAUGUUGAUAUAGUCGAUACCAUAAACAUAAUUGAAACAUUUGACAGACCAAAAAAGAAGUAUGCAAAAAAAAACGUGUACACUCAAGCUGGAAAAUAUGCGCAUGGCCAUGAAGACAAACCAGGAAAGAGGAUUCCCAAAGCUGGAGUCUAUGCUGAAGCAGGAGUUGGACGAGCUCGUGCUGAAGCCAGUAUAUUUGAGGCAGAAGCCAAAGGUCCAAACGCCUCAGCUGGUGCUGAAGUCAGUUUGGUUGGACUCGGAGCAAUGGCUCGAGCUGAAAUUGCCAGUGCGUCAGCUAAAGCCGGUCCAGUUGGUGUGAAAGUGGGACUUGGAGUCGACACGGGUGCCUCUAUUGGUCUGGGUGGGGUGGAGGCCAAAUUCCUGGGAACUGGAAUAUCACUUGGCCCAAAAACCAGUGUAUCUGUUCUGGGUUCAGAAGCAUCAUGUUCAGUCAUGUAAUCAGAUAGAUAUUAAUUCUCUUUGAACAUUCAUAUGUAACAUUUUGCUACUGAACCAUGAAAACAAAAAUAGAUCAACAUUUGUGAGAUUUAAUCAUCAAAUAAGGUUAACUGAUAUAAAUGUGUAUCUCUUUUCUUUUUUUAAAGAUUUUAUUUUUGGCGUUUUUAUAUGCUUUUAUUUAGAUAGGACAGUGUAGUUGGACAAGAAGCAAAGUGGAAGAGAGAGAAGGGGGUGAGAUCAGGAAAGGUCCACAACCCGAAUGCACGGGAUGCACACAGCACAACGGCGCCACACGUCAGCACGCUAACCACAUGGCCACUGGUGUUGACAUAAAUGUGCAUCUCUAAGACAUAUUGUUAUGCUGGAUACCAAAGGUUUUUGUGUCUGUUUGUUAAUGUUUGCAUCUGUGUUUUUACAUUUGAGAAGAGCCUCAUGAUACAUGACUUCAUGUGUUAUUUUUUCAUUUAAUCCUUACUGUAAUAAAUGGGGUUAUUAUUUGAUACUCCCAUGAAUUAAAUGUACAUUUCAGACAUAUAUGUGUUCAAUAAACAUAUAAUCAUUAAA